CUUCGUCUUGGUGUUAGAUUUUGUCAGAACUGCUGACUGAUUUGUGUUAUGGUGUAGCAAAAAUUUGCUGUCGAUAUGGGCCUUGAAAGUACAAUUAUAUGUGUAGACAACAGCGAGUAUAUGCGCAAUGGUGACUAUCUGCCUACAAGACUGCAGGCACAGCAAGAUGCUGUCAACACCAUUUGCCGCUUCAAGCUUCGCUCCAAUCCCGAGAAUAAUGUUGGACUCAUAACGCUUUCCAACAAUGCCGAGAUAGUGACCACCCUGACGAGUGAUGUGGGCAAGAUCCUGACAUCCCUUCAUCACGUGCAGCCUGGUGGCCUAAUGAACCUCUUAACUGGGCUCAGAAUUGCUCACUUGGCUCUGAAGCACCGUGGCAGCAGGGCUCACCGCAUGCACGUGGUCGCGUUUGUUGGCAGCCCAUUGUCAGCAGACGAGAAGGAAAUUGUGCGUGUAGGCAAGAAGCUGAAGAAAGAGUCCGUCAUCUUAAACAUCGUCAACUUCGGCGAGACUGACGUGAAUACAAAGAUGCUCGAGCUGCUAAUUAGCACCGUCAAUGGCAAGGACAGUACAUCGUCUCACCUCGUCACCGUGCCUGCUCCUUGUGCUCAUCUUGCUGAUGCGCUUCUCACCUCUCCUGUUAUGGCGAGCGAGGACGGCGGUCCUGGGGCUGCCUCCCAGUUUGCCAGCGGCUCAGCUUUUGAGUUUGGAGUUGAUCCAAAUGAAGACCCUGAAUUGGCUCUCGCUCUGCGAGUCUCAAUGGAGGAGCAACGGCAACGACAGCAAGAGGAGGAACGUCGCACCACAGGCGACGCCCCAGCCCCCGCUGCUGGGGAUGAAGCAGCUGUUUCUGCUGCUCUGUCCUCCUCAGCUGACUCAGCUGUCCCUGUUGCAGCAGCGCCAGCCUCUGCAACUGCUGCUGGUGGUGCCACCAGCGAAGAGGAGAUGCUACAGCAGGCCCUCAAGAUGUCCUUGGAAGCAGGAGCAGCAGCUGCAGCGGCCGCUGCUGCUGCAGGAGGCUCUGCAGCAGCAGUUCCUGUGGCCGCUCCGGACUUCGCCACUAUGAGCGAAGAAGAGCAGAUCGCUUAUGCCAUGCAGAUCUCCAUGCAAGAUUGUGAACCAAUGGAAAUCGACACGAAAGCCCCCGAAAAAGCGAGUGCCGCAUCUGGAGGUGGUGGUAGCACCGAAGACCUGUCGUCGGUGAUGGCGGACGCUGCUUUCCUAGAGGGAGUUCUUAACAAACUGCCUGGCGUUAACCCCAACAGUGACGUCGUGAAGCAAGCAAUUGACUCCUACACCGGUGCUUCGUCCUCAGAUUCUAAAGAUGACGACAAGAAGAAGAAAAAGAAGCAUGAAGAUACUGAUAAAGGCUCAUCCAGUUAGGGUGUGUGUAAUGGAAGUGGAAGAAAGCAAAUAUAGGUUACAUGAAGGAGAAUUUUCAUUGUUUAUUGAAAUCUUGAAUUGUAUGGCAAAAACAUAGGGAACUGUGAAAGAAAUGUCUUGUUUUUGGAAGUGACGCAGAGAAAAGUUUUAAAGUCUGCUAAAUAAAUAAUUGUAAAAUUUAUUAAUAAACAAUCUGAUUGAAUGUUCUCGUCGACACUUUAAUGUGAAAGUAUCUUCCUAUAUUUCGAACUACUAACUCCUGGAUUCUAGACUUUCAAACGUUCUUGUCGCUUUUUUCACGCCAAGGCAGAAUAUACAUAUUCACCAAAAACAAAAUAGUAUGCAGAAAUUUGUGAGCUGUGGUUUUCAAACGAUAAGUAGCUACAAGCAUAUUCUUCGUCUGAAUCUAUAUUAUCGUACUUGGUUAAUUAAGCGCAUAAAUUUAAGUUUUGUUCCA